UCCUAACGAUUUACUUAUUUANAAAAAGGGAGUGACAAAUAAAGACAGCUCCGAAAGAUCCGAGUAUUGGCCACUCCGAAGUCGAGCGUGCAACAAAUAAUCUCCGAUAUUUUUCCGAUGGCUGCUGUUGCUGCAUUGGUCUCCAACGGCGAUCACGCCGCCGUCAAAACUCCGUCUACUGGCAGAUAUGCCGCCGUUUACAGCGAAGUGCAGAACAGCCGCCUCGACCACCACCUCCCCUUACCUUCCGUCCUCAAAAGCUCCUUCAAUGUCGUUGACGGCCCACCCAGUUCCGCUGCAGGCAACCCAGAUGAGAUUGCAAAAUUGUUUCCUUGCUUAUUUGGACAACCAUCGGCAAACUUGGUACCAGGAGAAUCCACCUUGCCAGGUCAAGGCUUGAAAAUUGGUGUGGUUUUAUCUGGAGGACAAGCUCCUGGAGGCCACAAUGUCAUUUCUGGAAUUUUUGAUUACUUGCAGGAUCGGAUUAAAGGGAGCACAUUGUAUGGGUUUAGGGGUGGGCCAGCUGGAAUUAUGAAGUGCAAGUAUGUUGUGCUGACCCCGGAGUUUAUCUAUCCUUAUAGAAAUCAGGGUGGCUUUGACAUGAUCUGUAGUGGAAGAGACAAAAUUGAGACUCCAGAGCAGUUUAAGCAAGCUGAAGAAACCGCUCUUAAGCUCGACUUAGAUGGCCUUGUUGUAAUUGGUGGAGAUGACUCAAACACAAACGCAUGUCUUCUGGCUGAAAAUUUUAGGAGCAAAAAUUUGAAAACAAGGGUUAUUGGAUGUCCAAAGACCAUAGAUGGUGAUCUGAAGUGCAAGGAAGUUCCCACGAGUUUUGGCUUUGACACUGCAUGCAAGAUAUAUGCUGAAAUGAUUGGUAAUGUCAUGGUAGAUGCCCGCUCAACUGGAAAAUACUACCACUUUGUUCGACUUAUGGGACGUGCUGCUUCCCACAUUACAUUGGAAUGUGCUUUGCAGACUCACCCUAAUAUCACUCUUAUUGGGGAAGAGGUUGCGAAAAUUGAAACCGAGAAAAUGCUUAUUCAAAUGGUUGAAACUGAGUUGGAGGCAAGGAAGAAGAUGUCUGCUUACAAAGGUCAAUUCAAGGGACAGUCUCACUUUUUUGGAUAUGAAGGGAGAUGUGGUUUACCUUCUAAUUUUGAUGCCACCUACUGCUAUGCUUUGGGUUACGCGGCUGGUGCACUGCUUCAGAGUGGCAAAACUGGAUUAAUUUCCUCGGUGGGAAACUUGGCUGCUCCAGUGGCCGAAUGGACUGUUGGAGGAACUGCACUGACUUCGUUGAUGGAUGUCGAAAGGAGACAUGGCAAGUUCAAACCCGUGAUAAAGAAGGCAAUGGUUGAGCUAGAAGGUGCCCCAUUCAAGAAAUUUGCAUCCAUGCGUGAAGAGUGGGCUCUUAAAAACCGAUAUCUGAAUCCUGGCCCCAUUCAGUUUUCUGGUCCGGCAUCUGAUAACAUUAAUCACACUUUACUGCUGGAACUCGGAGCUCAACUAUAAAUUUGCGCUGCUCGUUGUUCUUUCUGUGAGUGCGUCUAUCACUAAUAAGUUGUUAAAUUUUGUUGCUCCUUAAGAAAUGACCAAAUGUUUUUGAUUGGGAUAUUACACAAAUGGAUGGUAAAUAAGUUUUUUAAGUACAUUAUUGACUGUGCCCUCCUAAUUGAGAUUCAUUAUUUCCUUAUUUUGGUUAGGAAGUAAGAAAAAUUAUUCGAUAUAUUCUAAAUUUAUUUCCUUUGUUAUAUCUUAUAUUUAUUAGAGGACAUGAUACUC